UCUAUCUGUAUCUGUCUAUCUAAUGCUGUCUUGCACAUGUUUCGAGUUGGUUAUCCCUCUUGUGCGUUUCUUGUCAAUUUCAGCCACUCUCUUCCCUUUUUCAACAGCAAUGGCAACAGAGCCCAGAGCGAAGAGGAGGAACAAGGGCGCGUAUUUGAGCCAUGCGGCGAAGAAGCACCGCGGGAGCCGGGAGCUGGAGGUGGGGAUGCAAGGGCUGCUCAUCACCUGCAACAUGAACGAGAAGAAAUGUACGGCCGAGGCGUACAGCCUGCUGAACGAAUAUGCGGACCAGCUGUAUGGCCCGGAGAAGUUUGUAGAAGAAUCUAAUAGUGAGGGUGAGGAAGAUGAUGAUGACGAUGAUGUUGAAGCUGCUUUGAAGAAGGAAGUAAAGCAGAUCCGCACAUCAACACAGAAUCAUCUGCGUCGAUUCCAGGCCUUGGACAGCGGAGCCAACAAUGUUGUCUUCAUCAGAACUCUUAACAUUGAACCGGACAAAUUAGUGCAUUACAUUCUGAAGGAUCUGUACGCAACCAAGAAGAAGAAGACUCGUGCUAUACUGCGGAUGUUGCCAGUUUCGGGGUCAUGCAAGGCUUUCAUGGAGGAGAUCCCAAAGUAUUUUGAGACUUUCCUGGAACCCUGGUUUAAGGUUCCUAAAAAGGCUACUUUCCAGAUUGUUUACAAAGCCAGAAACAAUAGUCACAUGAGCAGAGAUGAUGUCAUCAAGGCUCUGGCAGGGGUAGUAAUAAAGUUGAAUGCUGAAAACAAAGUGGACCUUAACAACCCCGAGUAUACCAUUAUUGUGGAAAUAAUCAAAGGCGUCUGCUGUGUGAGCGUCGUUCAGGACUACAUACUUUUUCGCAAAUACAACCUGCAAGAAGUGGCAAAAAAUGACAUUGAGGAAAAAUGGAAAAGAAACACCUCCUCCCUUCCCCCCGAGAGUGACGGUUGUCAAGAAUCAAAAGAGCCUUCGGAAGCAAAGGAACCGAAGAGCAAAGGUGAGCAAGAUGAACAGGAGCUGGACCGAUCUGUCUCAAGUGGUAAAGAAGCUCUUCAGGAACAGAAAAGUGGAGAAUAGAGACUUGAGAAAGACAGCUACAUUCAUAAUGGAUAAAAACGGUCUGGGUCAUUGUGCAGUUGGUUGUGACCUUUACUCAGGCUGGUUCUUUUUGUGUUUUUUUUGUAUGCUAAACCUUUUCUAAGCGAUGAAGAAGUUACCUCUUUGUGUAUUUUAGGAGAAGGAUGCUCACUCCACAAGAGGUUAUACUUCAUAUACAGUACAUGGGCUGGAUGAAAAGGGCAGUUAUACGGAAAGAUUCUUUAACGGGUUAUUUCUUUUGACCUGGUCGUUACUGAUGAAAGCAAAUCUUUUUACUUUUCAUUUUUUAAAAAAAAAAUGACAUUUUGGUCAUCUUUAUGGAAAAAAAAUUGCCCCAGCAAGGUUUCAGUUGAAAUGUUGCAAUUUCAUUUUACCUUUUGGAAACUCUUGUCUAUUUUAUUGUCCAAACGUGCUGUUUGGAAUGAAUUGGGACUUCAAAUAUUUUCUGGUCCAAUUAUAGUUGUUGUUUUAGGUUAAACUUGUAUAAAGCAGUGAGUGCUGUAAACUGAUGCUAUGUAUCUGAAAAUUUGGUUCCUGGGCCUGUAAUUUUGAUUUUUAAAAGAAAAUUAAAGAUGGUCAAGUGAAAACUUAA